GAUGUCACGGUACAGGCACACAGACAGCGUUCAUAACUCAGGGUUGGUCUGGAGUCGCGUUCUGCAGAUCCACCCGGCGCUGCUGCAGCAGGUGGAGGUGACGGUCAGCGUGGCCACUGAGUGGGGAACCCACCAGCUGCCCGUGCCCACCAAAGUGAACAGGACAGUGAAGAGUCUGAUUGAUGAAAUCUUCCAGCUGCUGGACCUCACUCCCAGCACCAAUGAGCAGCAUUAUUUAAAACUGUGUAACUCCGAUGAGUAUCUCCACAAUGAGGAACUGCUGGGUAUGCACGAGUCUAUUCAGAUCUACUCCAAGCUUCAACUAGAAGUGCCCCUCCGACUGCUCCACGUGAACAACCUGAGGAACCGCCUGUGCAGGGAUGAGGAGGACGACGCAGCCCCAUGCCAGCUGUACGAGCUGCUACGCCCCGCCUUUGUCUUCAACACCUGCAAGUUGAGCCUACAGAAUGUGCUCAUUAGCUACAACAGAGAGGUGACAGAGCUAAUGAGGCUAAAGUCUGGGAUGAACGUUAAUGUGCUUGUGGACCGCGUUCGCACCAUUAGCAAUCUGCUGGGCGGGCUCACGUGUCCGGAUCUGGAGGACGCCAUUGGCAGGCUCAACAGAAUCAAUCCCAUACCUCUGAGUCAUGAUGAGAUGUCUGAAUGUGAAACUGCUAUGAUCAUGCUGCACCGGGCGCUGCUUAAAGUGCUGCAGAUUUUUUUUGACAACUUCCAUUCAGACUUCAGAGGUCAGGAGGUAACCAGAAACGUCCAGAUGCUUGACGUUGAGAAGAACCAAGAAAUCAUCCAGUUUAAUAUCUCCGCUCUCUACAAACUGCAUCCCGCCUGGUUGACCAAUUAUGAGAGCUUCUCUGUUUCCUGUGAGUUGACGUACGGUGGAACAAAGAUCUGUGACACAGGCAUUUCAGAAAAUAUCAGCACCGCUUUGUCUUACGGUCACAAGAUCCACUGUGACCGCAUGAUGGUGUUUCCUGUUCCAGUAAAUGAGCUGCCGUAUGAGAGCAUGAUGACGUUUCGCCUUAAGGGCUCCAAGCGAGGCAAGCACCCCGAGCUGUUGGGCUGGGCUGUACUGCCUCUGUUCAGCAACAGGACCCUUGUAAUGGGGACCGUUCUGCUCAGUAUGUCCACACUGAGCGAGCUGCUCGUCCCCCCCUCCCCCGCCCUGUUUGACAGCCACAGACAAGCCAACGAAGUUAUUCUGCAGCUUGAGUUUCACGAUCAGUUUGAGUGGACGUAUCAGAGGCCCAUCGCCCUCCCCGGGUCGAUCCUUUUCACUCAGCCUUGUGAGGACUUGCAAAAGAAAAUGCUGGAAGUGUCUAAGAAGCACUGCCUCUGCUUUCUAACAAAAAAUGAGACGGCUUUCCUCUGGAGUAAGCGUCACUGCAGUGACAAGGCAAGUACUUUCCUCCACCUGCUGCUGGGGGGGGCCCCCCGGUGGCGGCCUGAAGACCUGACAGAGAUCUAUACUAUUGUAGAGAACUGGCCCCUGCAUCUACCUGAGGAGGCCCUCUACCUGCUCAGUGAAAGUUUUCAUGAUCAGACUGUGCGGAGGGCAGCAGUUCAGUACUUUGAACAGAUACCAGAUGGAGAGCUAGAGGAGUUUCUGCCACAGUUGGUCCAGGCUCUGAAGAGUGAGUGGGAGUUGGAUGGACCCCUGGUCAUGCUGCUGUUGGAGAGAUCACUGAAGAACAUGCGGAUUGCCCAGCAACUCUACUGGCUGCUGGAGGAUGCCCACACUGAUCCGUUCUUCCAGAGCUGGUUCAGUAAGGUGCAGGCAGCACUGCGGCAGGGCUGUGGCCGCGCUGUAAGGCAGGAGCUGGAGCAGGAGACCCGCCUGGUGUCUGUUCUGGUGCAGGUCGCUGAGAGGGUCCGCACGGCCGAUAAGGCUCGACGGAAGCAUGUUUUAAACCAUGAGAAGGCAAAGAUUAAUGACUUCUUCAAAGAUGGAAUCAGCUGUUGUCUGCCACUGGAUCCUGCAGUCCAUUUAAAGGGCUUGAACUUGGAUGCCUGUACGUUCUUCAACUCCAAUGCUGCUCCUCUGGGGAUCUCCUUCAUCUGCUCUGACCCUCUGGCUAAGAACAUCAGUGUCAUCUGCAAGACAGGAGAUAACCUGCGUCAGGACAUGCUGGUGCUCCAGAUCGUCCGUGUGAUGGACAGAGUUUGGCUGGAGGAGGGUCUGGACCUGAGAAUGAUCACAUACAGGUGUCUUUCUACUGGCAGAGCUCAGGGCCUGGUGGAACUGGUUCCAAACGCAGUGACCCUCGGGAAGAUUCAGCAGGAGUUUGGUCUGGGGGGCACCCUUCGAGAAGACACUCUGGAGAAAUGGUUCCACGUGUGGAACAAAACUAAAGAAGACUAUGAAAAGGCUGUGUUAAACUUCAUCCACUCGUGUGCAGGGUGGUGUGUGGCCACCUUCAUCCUGGGGAUCUGUGACCGCCACAAUGACAACAUCAUGUUGAGACACAGUGGACACAUGUUUCACAUCGACUUUGGAAAGAUAAUGGGCAACGCACAGAAGUUUGCGAACGUUAAAAGGGACCGAUCACCAUUCAUCUUCACAUCUGAGAUGCAGCACUUCAUCACAGGCGGGGGGCUGAAGCCUCAGCGCUUGCAUCGCUUUGUGGAGCUCUGCUGUGAAGCCUACAACAUAAUCAGAAAACGCUCGGCACUCAUACUCAGCUUGUUGGAGCUGAUGCUAACUGCAGGGAUGCCAGAACUGAAGGACUGGAACGACCUGCAGUAUGUCCAGAACAACCUCAGACCUCAUGACACGGACCUGGAGGCCACAUCCUACUUCACAAAGAAGAUCAAGGAAAGCAUGGGCUGUGUUGCAGUCAAGUUCAACUUUUUCACACACACCAUGGCUCAAGGGAAGAAACAAGAGCUAAGGACCCGGCACAGCAUCCCCGCUCCCAGCACCAACAUCCAAGAAGCUGUCAUCGAGAGUUACAGAGUCAAGGGAAGAGAUGUGGUCUAUGAGCUGAGAGUAAACAUUCAUGAUGGUUAUCUGAACAGUAACAUGACAUUUGGCCAGUUUGAGCUCAUCCAUAAGCAGCUACAGAAACACUUCAUUGAAUCCAUGCUGCCUCAGUUUCCUAGAUGGUUCAAUAUGUCAUUCACCCCGGCAAAGAGGAUGUCGCAGCUGAAUAAAUACCUGAAGCAGCUUUUCGAGGGACCCUGCAGGGGGAAUGAGUUUGUGUGCAGCUUGUUCCUGGAUGGCCCCAACCCAAACCAACAAAGUGCAGUUACACGAGCCCAUCCUCAGAUCCAGCUGAAGAUCUCUUACUCUAAGAACUGUAAGCUCUCGGUCUUGGUAAAACACCUGAAGAACGUUAAGCUGGCAAACGGCUCCAACCCUGACGCCUACGUGGUUACAUGUCUGAGGCCGGACCCUCAGCAGAGCAGCACGAAGAAGACAAAGGUGGUCCGCAAUAAUGACAAUCCCACCUUCAAUGAACUGAUAGAGUACCAUGAUGUCCCACUGCUGGAUGGGAUGGUGCUGGAAGUGACAGUGAAGAGCAAGAAGACUUUUGUGGGUGCAUCCAACAUCAGACUGGAGGAGAAGCUGCUUGACCAGGAGACUUGGUUUCCCCUGGGGAACUGUGCAAUCUGACCUCAGAGCUGCACUGUGUGUCCGCGUCCAGCAGGGGGCGCCACCACACUGAGGGGGAGGAUCCACCCACAGAUUUCUCAGACUAUGAAUGAGCAGAGGAAUUACGCACUCAUGUGUACAGAUGUAUCAGAUGCAACGUAACCUCACUGAUGAAGUGGAUGGGGUGUUUUAAUGACGUUACAAAACUGAGUGACUCAGGGAAGGAGACCGUUUACUGCAUGAAGCAUCAUUUACCUUGUGUGUUUAUUUUUAAAUGUCAAACAAAUGAAGGAGAUGUUCUAACUACUCAAUUUUUUGGAUGUGGCCUCGGUGACAGAUGAAGGGAAGGAACUAUUUGUAUUAUGCUACUUGCAUGCACUUUUACUUCAAACUGUAAAACCGUCCUUGUGUAUUUGGUCGUGACUGUCAUGACCAAUCUUCCCUGCCAGAUGAAAGAUGAGGUGCUAUUAGCGGCUGUCUAUGUGAUACCUGCUCAGACUGAGUGUGUGUCCCUUUGGGCUGUGUCAACUGGAUGUCCUUGACCAAGGAAAUGGGAGGCAGGAGGGUGAGGGGGCAGGGAGAUGGGUGAGGAAAGUGUGAGCAGGGUGACAACAACUCUGCUUAUCCGGCCUUAGGGGCUGAGUUAACACUCCCCAUACAGUAUCACUCAAUUAUUUGUCUUUCCAUGAGUGGCAUUCAAACAUUAUUAUGCAAAUGAAUAACCUUGCAUGCCCACUCAAAUACUCCUGGAGAAGCACCUCCACAAACACACACACACACACACACACACACACACACACACACACACACACACACUUUCCAGGCUUUAGCAGGUCUUCAUGUUAUCGUAAUGCCAUCCUCCUUUUGACAGACGUACUGACCCGCACUCCUUUGCCUCAUUCAUGCGAUGAACAAGGAUAGAAAAAAGGCCUCCGCACUGGAUUUGGUUCAAUAAUGUAUACCUCUGUGAAUGCUAUUUAUAUUAUUUCCUGCUGGGACUCACGGGGAGUAAGCUUGAAAGAAAACUCUGCUACUCUUUCAUAGUAGUGCUCAUAAACUAUUGAUGUAUCCUGGCAUCACUUAUCAAUUUCAGACCUAUGGAGGAAUAACAUCUAUUGUUUUGGAAUAGAUGAUUAAUCCCCCAAACAACUCUGUGCUUCGUGGUUCUUCUUAUGUGUGAUCAACUCUACCACAAUAAUUGCACUUGCAUCUAUUAUUAAUGAUAUGAUGAUAAGAAUCUAAUAUCCCACUCCAGGGAUUUCUUCAAUACUUGAGUGGUGCCAGCAGAGAUAUAUCCUUCGUUAGAGUGUCUUUUAUGCACUGCUGAAACCUUCAGCUUCCUUUCUCUGCAGCAGAGAAGGCACAUGUAUUUUCUCACAAUAA